AAUUUUGUUUUGACCCAGUAGAAAAAGGUGUCAGCCUGUGCAUACGUCUUCUUUUCAUCUAUGUUUUUCCAACAUUACUGCUGGGCAGCUGUGUCUGAAUCAUGUCAGAAGGAGAAAUCGUUACCCCUGCCCUGUAAAUUGAUCAUUAAGUCAGUUCUUCCUGUAUUUAGAUGUAUCAAUAUGCUGGGAAGGAAUGUAGAGAAAUGCAACAUUUAUACAAAUAGUAAUGAUCAUCACAUAACUUUUCAGCUCAUCUGUAAACACGGUAUCUUAUUUCCAGGUGUUGUUAAAACACAUAAUCUGACUUUUCAAGAAUGUGAUCCACUGCAGGCUGUUUUUGCAAAGCACAUGUGUCCAAAUGUGCUUAAACUUCAAUCCAGGCUGCUGGCUGAUAUAAUGAUUCACUUUCCAAUGAGUCAAGAAGAAGUAACCCUGGCAGUUACUCCAAUGAAAGUUUGUUUCAGGAGUUAUGCUGAUGAAGACACUGACUAUUCCAAGGCAAUGCAUACUGAAAUACAACUAAAUCCAGAUGAAUUCGACUACUUUCAAGUUGGAGUGGAUUCUGAAGUAACAUUUUGCCUUAAGGAACUGAGGGGACUCCUAGCAUUUUCAGAAGCUACCAGUUCUCCUGUCUCCAUCCAUUUUGACAUAUCUGGAAAGCCGAUUGCUUUCAGCAUUGAAGAUAUGGUUCUGGAAGCCAGCUUUAUUUUGGCUACGUUAUCUGUCAUUGAAGAUGAGGCAGCCCCUGAGCAGCCUCCGUGUGUUUCACGGCACCAGGAAAGCUUGAAGACAUAUAUGAGUAAACCUGAAAAAAACUCCACGGACAGAGAUAGCAACUCAGAAGCAAUGGCUUCCAGCAAGCCACACUGGAAUGGGAAUUCACACAACAUGGAGCUGGCAGCACCUAGAAGUCCUUUAGCAAAGCAAGAACCAAAAAUUAUUCCCAAGAUGUCAAAUGGAGAUUGUACAGGCAUAGAAGGAGCUACUAUAAUUGAGACAAACGACUGUGCAACGCGGGAAUUGAGGUCAACACAUUCUGAUUAUCACAAGUUUCACUCCUUGUUUUUUGGAGCAGUCUCUUUUAAGGAGAAAGAUGCCAUCAAUGACACCUUGCAUAGUUUAGCAACAGCUAGUGACACUGAAGAGGAUUCUGUCCCUACGCAGAGAUCUCAGGUUCUCUAACAAUACCCAGUGCUGGCACUAGUCUGUACCUGGGGAUUAGGAUCGACUUCAAAGAUACAGGAAUAUUUGACAUGGUAACYGUAGAGCUGCUUCUAGUUUUAGAAGGAAGUUUAAUGCUAUUACGAAACUGUCCUAUUUAAGACAGGUUAGAAAUUUUCAAAAACUACUUUUAUCUKCAUUUUGAGCUUGUAAGAGGAUGGUAAACUAAAUUCACUAACAUCUAUUGAGAAAUUCUGAGAAGUGUUGCCUAAUUUGUAUUUUUUUUUUA